CUUCUGACACUCAAUCUUCUUGUAUCGUUUGUCGAUAUGUGUUAUCGAUUGCUCUUCCAAAUAUACGGCAUCUACGGAUUAGAAUGGAAGUCAUAUCCUCUACUUGGCUUAUUCGCUUGUAUAACUACUUUGAAUGCAUUUAUUCUUGCUCGACGUCUUAAGCCACCACAGAACAGCGUCAACGGUUGGUGGCAAGUCCUAAAACUAACCUUCCGUUUGUCAGCACAGUUUCUUCUUGGAAUGUUGGCCAGUACCUUUCUUAUCUAUAAGCUAUUACCUUGGUUUAACAAACAAGAUGGUUACAUUAAGGUUGCCGUCGCUGCAUUUUCUCCUAUUGUGACACCUAAAGCAAUUUCACGGAUCGGGGCCCAGCGGCUGGAGUCCAUCCAUCCAGGAACCGCCCAUGUGUUUGUAUCGAUGCUAUAUGGAACAGGCACAAUAUCUCUUCGAAUUUUACAGGCAGAUAUGAACACGUUGGCAUUGUACAUCGCUCUGAGCGUGGUCCAUGGAAUUGUUGACGUUCUGGAAAGGCUAGCGAUAACGAUGAGAGACAACAUCUGGGAAUACCUGUUGAACAGGUUAUUCAGGAAGUACCGUUCACCAAGAAGCCGUCGUUUUAUGGCUAAUCUUAGUAUACAGAUAAUGCUUCAAGAAGCCACCGCUUUGCUAUCGGCGCUUGGGUUUGUACAGCUGUACGUUAUGUAUGGUGAUUUCAAACCCUCCAACACUACUCACGAUCCUGUUCAUGGUGACUUUUUCAUACGUGCCACAACUGGUUUAUUCAAACAUAUUGCAUGAAUUUCCCUAUC